AUAGCUCGAACGGAAUACAAAUCAACAAAAUCAAACGAACGGGUCAAAUCGAGUCAAAAUAUGAAAUGGACCAAUCAAUCCGGCGUGGAGGUUAAUCUGCCGGCGAUAUCAACUCGGGGCAGCGGCUGGAUGCGGCGACGGUGACGGACGCCGGCGAUAGUGGCGGAGCGGCAACUCGACGGCGAGAAGCAGCGACUGGCGGCACUGCAAUUCGUCGGCGAGGAAGGACGCCGGCAGUGGAGGCGACGUCCGGCGCUCGGCGUGGCGGCGCUGCAAUUCGUCGGCGAUGAGGGCGGCGGCUACUGGCGAAGGAAGCAGCGGCGGCGACUGGCUGGGGAAGGGCGACCGGCGGCGCUGCAACUCGACGGCGGCGGACGACCGACAAAGAAAGCAGCGGCGUCGAUUGGACUCGACGGCGAUGAUGGUGGCCGCCGGUAGGGGAGGCGACGUCCAGUGGCGAGGCGCGGCGUUGGAGGCGGAGGUCGAUCAGCAGGGAGGACGACCGGCGGCUGGCUCACGGAGGCGAUGGAUAGCAAAUCUAACUGUUCAAGAGUCUCAAUAUGUCAUAUCGUCAGCAGACUGUAGUAUUGGCGAAUGCGUUCUCGUCUAUAGUCAUUCUCUUGGUAAAAAUCCAAAGUUUAUGGCUACUGCAGUAGAUUUAGGAAGAGAAUUGAUAAGGCGAAGAAUUAGUCUUGCUUAUGGAGGAGGCAAUGUUGGCCUACAAGGAGCUGUUGCUUCAAUAGUCUUCAACACUGGUGGUCUCGUUAGAGGUUUCAUUCCUGGGUACAUAGCAACACGACGGGUCUACGGACCUACAUAUGGCAUAGAGCACACAGUUUCCAGCAAUUACUACAAAUAUUUUGAGAUGAAUCAUGCUGUGGAAGCUUUCAUCGUUCUUCCCGGAGGAGUUGACACUAUGGAAGGUUUGUUCACCUUGAUCUCGUGGGCUUCUGAAGGGUUACACAAUAGACCCAUUGGUCUUUUAAACAUUGACGGUUAUUUCAAUAACCUUCUCAAAUUCUUAGACGAUGCGGUGAGGCAGAACUUCAUGGCUUCCAGUCAGAGGAAACUUUUUAUUUCUUCUUUCUCUGUUGACGAGCUUUUAGACAAACUAGAGUUUGCUAAAGCUUUCCCGGGACCUGGGGUUAGUUAUGAUGAGUUUGUGAAUCCUGGGAGAUUAGACUUAGAAUUGCAUUUGUAACAUUCCUCNUAUACGAACGAGUCAAUUUUCUUAACUAUUUGCCUUGUCAGCAUCACAUUAUUUCACUAAUGUUUUCGACGAUAAGCAAUUAAGUUAUUAUAACAAGGCAUCCGUUCAUUCAACAAGGUCGAGCUGUCUAUAGCUUCUAACAAACGGGUUCCUUGAAUUUGAUCGAACAACUCGUCAGUUCAUUGUAAAGGACAGCGAUUCUUGGUCGUCAGUUUGUUCAAGUUUCUUGAUAGGGAUUUUUGGGUAUCCU